GUGAUGGAAGGAACUGUUCAGUUAAGAAAAAUGCGAUCAGAAAGAAUCUCUUCAGUUAAAUAAGUUCAUCUCAAUUUUACGAUGUGGAAGAAAAUUGCAACAUUACUCUCAUAAAUUCCCGCUGUGAGCCGUUUCUGAUAGCUCUUCAAGUCACUGAGUUGUGUCAUCUCUCGGACCCCAAACAGGGAUUCGCAAUGGGCCGAUUGAUAUCAGUUCUACACAACUUUUUCAUUCCACGGGAUCAUGUCUUUAACUGACCAUUUCCGGUUUUUCCAACCAGUCCAGCAUCGGCAAAUAGCACACGAUAUGGAAACCUAUGUACUGAUCAAUCCACCCAAGCGUUGGGAAGUCAUGUUUACUAUUGCAGUUUACCGACAAACGAUUUCAACCUGUUCAUGAUUUAACUAUCGGUGUUGAAUUCGGGGCUCGAAUGAUCAAUAUAGAUGACAAACAAAUCAAGUUACAAAUAUGGGACACUGCUGGACAAGAAUCGUUUCGAUCAAUUACUCGAUCUUAUUACCGUGGUGCAGCGGGUGCUUUACUAGUAUAUGAUAUCACCAGAAGAGAAACAUUUACACAUUUAACUACCUGGUUGGAGGAUGCUAGACAACAUUCAAGCUCUAACAUGGUUAUUAUGCUGAUAGGAAAUAAAAGUGACUUGGAAAGUCGACGCGAUGUUCAAAAAGAGGAAGGUGAAGCAUUUGCCAGAGAACAUGGCUUAAUUUUUAUGGAAACAUCAGCUAAGACUGCUGCUAAUGUUGAAGACGCCUUUAUUGAUACAGCUAAGUGCAUUCAUGGGAAAAUCCAGGAGGGCGUUCUUGAUGUCAAUAAUGAGGCAAAUGGGAUUAAACUUGGACCUCAUCAUAACCCGGUAGGUGGAGCAUAUAAUAAUAAUAACAUGACAAAUCGUACUUCUGGUGCCGGUUGCUGCUAAUUACCGAUAAAUACCACAUGUUGAUGGAUCCUUUAUGGGUUUUUUGUUUUGAUUAUUAAGAAGAGAAACUUCGAAAUAAAUAUCGUGUUUGUUUGUUUGCACUUAUUAUUUUUCCGUCCCCUGUUACAUUUUGAGUAAUUCCUAUAAUCCAUGUGAUAAUUGUGUGCAGCUUGGCGAUCGAUUUAUUCCGCUUACGUACAUUCUGUUUCUAUUUUCUGUCAUAUUUUCUCCCAGUAUCUCUGUACUCCACUCCCUUUUCUUUCGUCUUCAAUGUCUUUUCUUAGUCUUUCUUUCAUAUCUAUCAUGUUUAACAAUAACUACACAAAUAUCAUUGUAACUCAUCAACUUCAAUCAUUACUCAUUAUGCAAAAUCAGUGAUCAAUAUAUUUUCGUUUGUUUUGUCCACAUUCAAUAAAAAUUACCUGUCUAUUGGACAACAUUUCUCAUAAUAUAAAUUAAUAGAGAAUUUGUUUGUUAUACUCGAUUAUUAAUAGGCAUAUACCGUUUAUUCUUUUGUUCUCAAUCUUUUCCUCUAAAUAUACAAAUAUCUUACUAGGAAAUUCAGUAGGCGGAAAUUAAUUGCCGUUUUGGUGAUCAACUUUUUAAUCUAUGACACACUAAUCACUACAUUCAGUAAACUUGGUUUUAAAGCGGAACAAGUAAAUAAGUGUGAUAUCUGUGUGUUCUGUAUUCGUUACAUUCUUAAUUGAAAGAAAAAGCUAAUUGGUAAUUUACUUACAAAUAUCUUUGUCCACUUGAUGUUUGUGUAUGUUUACUAUGGAAUAUUUCACUUUUUUCACUGUCCAAAUACAGUUUCAGAAGAAAAACUACAUAUACACACACAUGAACAUGUGAAAUAAAGUAUUCUAUAUAUUUUUAACAUGUGUUAAUCGUGGUGAACUAUUGCUUUUUGUCUCUCUUCUAAUAAUUACUUUUGUUGUUUUUGUUGUUGUGUAUGCAUUUGACAGCGUAUAUUUCAUCUCAUUUUGAAAUUUAUGUUAUUUGGUUAUUUGUUCAUUUGUUAUUGUUUUAACCGUU